GACGUACGCUUUCUGUUGCUUUGAGUCUGCAAUGUUGACUCGGCAAAUGAUCAUUUUCAUAGCGUUUUGUGUUUAUUUUUUUGAUUUUGAAUGUUAAAAAAAUUAAACUGAUGGAUUUGUUCUUCAGACUUACUAGCAUAUUAUCAAUUUUGUGACAAAAAUACAAUUGUGGUUGUAUUUUCUUCGUGAAAACCCCUGUUUAUGUUGUUGUUGGGCACCUGUGAUUUGUUUAGUGACAGUGUACGUGGUUACAAUUCAUAGGAUAUUUUUUGAUCACAUUUUUUGACUGUUUGACUGCUGCUUAAAUGAAUUCAAUAUUUAAUUUUGUUGUGUUCUCUUUACUGAUUUUUGUCAAGUUUGUUAUAGGAGAUUUAAAAGGCUUUGAUGAUACAGUAUUAUUCAAAUUGAACUGGCCCGGUCGAGAUAGCUCCGAAUUAUUGGAUGUACCUGAGAAUGGUGAAUAUAUGUUCGUGACCACACACAAUAAGGAAAAAUAUAAAUGUUUGUUACCAGAUCUCCGUGAAAAAGAAAAGGGCUCAGAAGAAAUAUACAGUGGUCCUAAUCCGUUGGAAUUACUUUCACCACUUUUUUCGCAAUCAUCCUGUUCCUACAGAUUGGAAUCCUAUUGGACUUACGAAGUUUGUCACGGAAGGUAUGUGAGACAGUACCAUGAAGAGAGAGAUGGGAAGAAAGUCAAACUCCAGGAAUAUUAUCUUGGUCGUUGGGAUAAAACACUUCACAAUAAAUUGGAUGAAGAACUUGAGGCGGAAAAAGUGGCGGGCUUCCCGAAUCCGCCUCCGACGAAAAAGCUGGAUGGGCUGAAUCUGCCCUACCUGCAGCUCAACCUCACUGACGGCACCAUCUGCGACCUCAAUGGAAAGCCGCGCCAAACCAAAAUACUCUAUGUCUGCUACAACCAUGGAAAGCACGAAAUCUACACAUUCAAGGAAACCUCCACUUGUGAAUAUGAGCUCAUAGUUUUGUCGGCGCUACUCUGUCAUCAUCCUAAAUAUAGGCCACAAGAAUCAGGAGAGCAUCCUAUCAGCUGCAUGCCAAUUGAUGAUUCCCCAAGAAAACCAAAGAAUCUGAUUGCACUGGAGGCUGAAAGUAUGAAGCUCAAACACCAAAGAAUGAUGGAGAACGAGGAAUUAAAGAAGCUGUUGGCUGUAUUCACUGUGGACAAAAUCCAGGGAGAGGAUGGAGAAACGCGAGUUCGAGUAGAGCUGCGUCAGCUGGACUCCUCGGAGGCGGCCGCCAGCACGCUGAGCACGCCUGUCAAGGACAAAAUGACGUCACCCGUCGACUCUCUCGACAAAAUGGCUGCUGUCGACAAAAUUCUAUCCGGCGAAAACUGUUUGCAAGGAGGCUCAGGCUGGUGGAAGUACGAGUUCUGCUACGGCAAGAGCGUGGAGCAGUACCACUUGGAGAAGGACGGCUCGAGAAUCGUAGUGCGCCUAGGCACCUUCGACAGGGCGGCCCACGUGGAGUGGCUGCAGAGGCACCCACACAAGCGACCCAAGCCGCAGGCGACACGCACCCAUGUGUCGCACUUCUACGGUGCGGGCAGCAUCUGCGACAAGACAGGACAGCCGCGCGAAACCGAGGUGAAGCUCAAGUGUGUGACGGGCCAGUCGCUCAGCUCUGUAUCGCUGUACCUGCUCGAGCCGCACACUUGCCAGUACAUCCUGGGCGUCGAGUCGCCUGUCAUCUGCAGUCUGCUGCCGCUCGUCGAUGAGCAUGGUCUCGUGCCCCUCGACGCCCAAAUUGUGCCCGACAAGUCUGCCGACGAGGAAAUUGUCAUCAACGAAAUCAAAGACGAACUCUGAAACGCUCCUCCCAGUUCACAAUCUGUGUUAUUGAAUUUCUAUAAGACAAAAACCAUUGACAUUGUCACAUCCACUUAUAUAUUGAAACAUUUUUGAGAAAAUUACUAAAACUGUUUAAUAUAUUAGUCCCGGUUACACAAAAGUUACUCGUGAUCAACUUCACGAGAACCAAUCAUAGAAGGCUUUUGAAGAAAGUUGAAUUUUAAUCGUGAUUAAUUUCACGCGAACUCAUUAGAGAAGGUUUUCUCAAAAAGAAGGCUUCUCUUAUUGGUUCUCGUGAAAUUAAUCUCGAUUAAAAUCUAACCGGCUUUUGUGUAACCGGUACUAAGUGCUUGUGACAAUUUCAAGUCGUGAUUCAAGAUAGAUGUAUACCACUUCACCUUCUCAACAACACAGAAAGUGUUUGAAAACUAGUCCACAUCACUCAAAGGGACAUCUCCCACAGUCUCACGCACUGUAAUGGAGAACUUUGUGUAAGAUAUUUUCAGCGUCACAUGUGCGAAUCGUAUCGAAAAAACCGACUCAAUAAAACCCGUAUGGUCAAUGGCAGAUGAACCCAAGUUGAAAUUAAUUCAGGAUUGAAUAAUUUUUUAUUAUAUUUGAAUAUUGUUCUUUUCUGUUUAUCGAUAUUUCCUCCAGUUUUUCGUAGACGUCAUAUAUUUUUCUAUUCAUUUUUUAUUCACUAUUGGAGUGACAGAAUCAAGAUUUCCGUUGUAAGCUUUAUUUUCAGUUCUGCCUUGAAGUUCAAGAAUAUCAGGUACAACAGGGAUCUCUUUGGCAGGUGAUAUAGGCCUAUUGUUAAUCACGACUUUAAGAGGAUCUGGAUCAAUUUCAAUAACAGGAUCAUAUUCUUGGCAAUGGUUACUGCUUGAAUCGUAUGGAUUUAUUAGUGGAUCAAAUAGUUCUGCGAAUUCUCAUGCAAUACUAUUUGAAAUUGUAGGAGAGCAGGACGAGCAUCCACCAAUUGCAUUUAUUUAAUUCAUCCAAAAUUAUUAUUAAACUGAUCAUUUGUAAGAACUGAGAGGAGCUCGGAUAUUUUUACAUUAAAAACGAAAAUUUAUCAAUGUGCUCUGUGAUUUUCUGUUUAAUGAUGUUAUACAUUAUUAUUGUAAUACAUUUUAUUAUUGUAUUGUACACAUGUUAUCCAUCCGUUAUUAAGUACUAGAGUUUUUCAAGUACUAAUUAGUAGUGGUAUAAAUCUGGAAUAACAUCAUUAGACAAUCACAGAGCAGAUUGAUAAAUUUUCGUUUUUACUGUAAAAAUAUCCGAGCUCCUCUCAGUUCUUACAAAUUAUCAGUUUCAUAAUUUUUGGAUGAAACAAAUGAAUGCAACUGGUUGAUGCUCGUCCUGCUCUCCUACAAUUUCAAAUAGUAUUGCACGAGAAGCAUAGAACAACUAGUUGAUCCACUAAUAAAUCCAUAAGAUUCAAGCAGUAACCUUUGCCAAGAAGAUGAUUCUGUUUUCAAAAUUGAUUCAGAUCCUCUUGAAGUCGUGAUUAACAAUAGGCCUAUAUCACCUGCCAAAGAGAUCCUUGUACAAGAUAUUCCUGAAAUUCAAGGCAAAUGUAUGACGUCUACGAAACACUGGAGGAAUUUUUUGAUUAAUAUAUUAUAAUUUUUUUCUAAUUCAGUUUAAACUUUGGGUUUAACUUGUCGUUUAGAAAUGUUACAAUCUCUCAUCCAAUUUAUAAGCUGAAUCAAGCUAUGAAAUAUGUAGUUUGUGACAAUUUCAAAACUUUUCAUUUAAUAUGGAUAUCCACUACAACAUCACCUUCACUUUAUCAAAAAGUGUUGAUAAUCCUUGUUAUCAUUCCAAGCUUAAUAGUAUUAAUAGUAAUUGUGUAAUUCUAUCCAAGAUUUAUUGUAAAGUACAUGUAUUAUGAGUAUAAAACCUACAAACUGAAGCACACCAUAUACAGAUCUCAGAAUGUGAGUUUAAAGCUGUUCGGGAUGAUUGCAAGACGCGGGACGACGACUUGAAUGGGGCAAUUUUCAAGCCGUAAUUGAAUGGUUAAAAUUGUCCCGCUCCCGUCGUUGUUCCGUGUCUUCCUCCACAAUUGUGCGUAAGACUAUAAGAUAGUUUAAUGCUGGGCUGCACAAACCAGAAUCAACUGAUUUGUAUCAUAUGAUCCUUUAUUAGACUAACCAAUCUUGUUGCGUGGAACCCAAAGGUAUUUUUUAAAGACAAACAAUUGUUAUUCCCUUGAUUUUAUUUAAUAUCCAUCAUAAAAGAGAUGGCUGAUUGAUGCUUAGAAGAGUCAAGUGCAUCUGGAAAUAUUGUAAUUAUUAAUUCCACUCAAUUUUUAGAUUCAGAAAUGUAUAUUUUAUUUAUUUGUAUAAUUUGAGGGAAAUAAUAACGACAAAUAUGGUUGAUAAUGGAAUAGUCUUCAUUUAGAACUGUUAUUUCAUUGCCUUUGAAUGCUAAACAAUGGUAGAUUAUAUUUAUUCGUAAGCUCCUAUAUUUAUUGAAUUGUUGGUUAAUAAUCUAAUCUAGUUGCAGUAGCAAACCUUUUAGUCUCACCUAAUUCAUUAGCAGUUGUUGAGUUGCCUCACGAGUUACUCCGGUAUUCGCAUGCAGUGUUUUUACUUAUCAAAUUUCAAAAUAAUCUGGAUAUUUGAGCAAUCAUCAUAGCAAGUUCUGUGGCUGCAGCCUUUCUCCAAAGUUCCAGUGCAAGACGUUUCCUUAUUUAAAGCAUAUUGAAAGGUGUAGCCUAUGUGUUUUACUGUCAAAAUGGCCAUAAAGAGCCCUGAAAAUGCUGCAAUCGUGAUAGUUCUUGAUAAACUUAUAAAAAAUUCUUGAAGUUAGUGUUUCCAUGAUGUUAUACCAUACAUAUGUCAGAAUAAAUGUUGUUUUUUGUUUCAAA